AUCCAAAGGAGGAUACCAGCAUAUCCUAGUCAUCACAGACCAUUUCACGCGCCUGGCCCAAGCCAUUCCGACUCGGAACAUGACGGCAAAAACAACAGCCGACGCCCUCGUUAAUAAUUUCAUCGUUCAUUACGGGGUGCCAAAGCGACUACAUUCUGACCAGGGAGCCAACUUUGAGAGCCGCAUCAUAAGGGAACUGUGCCAGAUCAUCGGGUGCAGUAAAUCGCGCACCACCCCCUACCACCCCAUGGGGAAUGGAAUGUGCGAAAGAUUCAAUCGCACGUUGCUGGACAUGCUUGGGACGCUGGAGCCGCGACAGAAAGAAAACUGGAAAAGUCACGUUGCCAGUCUCGUGCACGCAUACAAUUGCACUCGCCACGAGUCGACCGGCUUCUCCCCUUAUUCGUUGAUGUUUGGCCGUGACCCGCAUCUCCCUGUCGACCUUCUAUUUGGCGUCGAUAGCAACGACCAAGGGAGGGAACCCCUCACUAAGUAUGUCGACAGUCUGAAGAAACGACUGACAGAGUCUUUCCAUCUGGCAGCUGCAGCCUCCAACAAAGCAAGCGAGCGACAGAAAAGUGGCUACGAUUCCAAGGCAAGGGCAGCCACUAUAGAAGUGGGAGACCGUGUGCUGGUGAAAGCUGUUGCCUUUGACGGCAAACACAAACUGGCAGACCGCUGGGAGAACGAGGUGUACAGUGUGCUGAUCCACCCUAACAGCGCCAUACCCGUGUACGUCGUACGGAGAGAGGACGGCUCAGGAAGAAAACGGACUCUUCACCGCAACAUGUUACUUCCAGUGGGCGGAGUAUUACAGGAAGCCCAUCAACAAGAAGGUGCGAGGGAUCACUCGGUUUAUCGGGGGCAACGAAAACUACGCCGGCCGUUCAGAAAGGACGACAUGCCUAGGGCAGAGUCAUCCGACAGUGAAAAUGAGAGCGACAGUGACACGUCUAGCUCUGUGGUCGUACAUACACGGCCGCCAACCACCAGGUCAAGAGGACAGUCGCUGGCGAGGGAUGACAAUGACCAAGAAGAGCCAGCAAGGGACGACAAUAAGGCAGAACCACUCAGGCAUGUCCCUGACCCAAGUCCAGAGGUCACCACGCUGCCUCCACUGCCUGACGACAACGACAGUGAAAUACCAGGUGUGCAGGAAGGAGGGACAGAUGAGGAGGGAGCUACGCAAAGUACGGUGGCUACCCCACCCCCGUCACCACGCCACGCCCCUCGAGCGUCGACAAGGCCACGUCAGCAACCGACGUGGAUGAGGAGUGAAGACUUUAUACUGCGCCAGCAGCAAACACUAAACGACUAUAGCUUGAAGUGUGACAAACUGAAAUCGUUGCUGAGCAAGUUAUCCUCAGAAAGACUGCCCGAGACGGUGGUGACCACGCUCAUUGAGGCUGUCUGGCCACUGUUAUGAACAAAACAUGACAGCAACAAUUUGUACAUACUGUACAUAUUUUUAAGUUCACCUGUGAUGUAUAUAUGGUGAUAGCAUGUUGUAUAUUGGUAAUAAGGGUUCUAGUUUUAAAUGCCGAGGACGACAUUUCUCUAUUGGGGGGGUGUAUAUAGUAGUAUGGAAGACAGCACGCACCCGGGAAGGGUGGAGGGUGGUCGCUAGCCGGGUGACAGUGUCAAGGGCCGGGCGACUAGGGUCGCCGGCCGGGUGACAAAGAAAGAGCGUAGCACGCGGUAGAUGGGUGGCAUGGUCACUCAGGGUCACGGACCGGGCGACGAGGUCGCUCGUGAGGAACAAGAGAGCGGAGCCAGCGGCCGGGCAGUGUGGUCGGGAGACUCAUUGGUGGUGGAAGCAUAUUUCACUGCUAGCUUACUUACUUAUUGGUAGGCCAACCCUGUUACAUUUGUAUCUGCAUGGCACUUCCCAAGCAGCACAGGAAGAUUGGUGACACGUGGGACCUAUGUCACGAACUUUAAUUAAUAUGAUGUAUUAAUUAAUAUUUAUUAUGUUAUAAAUUAGUAUGAUGUGCUUGCAUGCCUAUAUGUAAAGCCCAUUGAGUCUAGCUGGUCCUGGUUAAAGGCGCUAAAAAAAAUUGUGCUAAUUAUUAUUAUUUCUGGAGCCUGAAAUGAGUUGAGGAUGUCCAAAGGUGACUGUCAUCGCCUGCAGUGAAAAUAUUGUGACUCAAGACAUCGCUUAGGCGCAUAAAGUUGCCGUGUAAAUAUCUGUAAAUACUCCAGCAAUAUCUCACCAUACACAACUACGUCUUUUAGAACAGUUUUUGCAAGACAGUCCAGAUGUCUGUGUUAACUGUUGUAGUAGCAAAACGCGUGACAGUUCUGUCCCUUGGCCUAACAGCCUGAGGGGAUCGCCUCCCCUUGAUUGUGUUUAUGUUUUGUAGUCUUGCUUCGAUUUGGAUAAAAGUGUUGGACCUUCAUGUGCACACGUGCUUCUGCUGCUUUUGCUUCCUCUCCUGGUCUGCAGCAGGUCUGUGUAUGAUGUUAUUUAUAUCAUGUAUAUAAUGUUAUUUAUAUCAUGUAAUGUAUAUAAUGCAGUG